GCGACGCUCCGGCCGCCGGCGUCGGCAUGAAGGGCGGAGUAGUGUCGUGUCGUGUGCCUCUGCCGCUACGACUGUGCAGUGAGUAGUGAGCCGCACCGGGAAAUCAACAGCCUCGCCGCUGCGGCAAGACCGCCGCCGGAUCCAGGACUGCAGUGGCGACAGGAAAAUUAUAAUAUAUAUCGUCCGGGAGAACGGAAAGGGACUCGCACACGACGGAGGGAAACAUGCAAAAGGAAAAUAACACCAACUCUGGGGAGCACCAGCAAUAUGUUGGACCCUUCAGGCUGGAGAAAACACUCGGAAAAGGCCAAACUGGUCUGGUUAAACUUGGUGUUCACUGUGUUAUGGGCAAGAAGGUAGCUAUCAAAAUCAUCAACAGAGAGAAACUGAGUGAGUCCGUGCUUAUGAAGGUUGAGAGAGAGAUUGCCAUUAUGAAGCUGAUUGACCAUCCACAUGUUCUUGGUCUGUCUGAUGUCUAUGAAAACAAGAAAUAUCUGUAUUUGGUGCUAGAACACGUAUCUGGUGGAGAACUGUUUGAUUAUCUGGUGAAGAAAGGUCGUCUGACUCCAAAGGAAGCAAGGAGAUUUUUCCGUCAGAUAAUUUCUGCCCUUGACUUCUGCCACAGCCAUUCCAUCUGCCAUCGAGAUCUGAAACCUGAAAAUCUUCUGUUGGAUGAGAAAAACAACAUAAAAAUAGCUGACUUUGGUAUGGCAUCUCUUCAGCCAGCUGGCAGUAUGCUGGAGACUAGCUGUGGAUCACCUCACUAUGCCUGCCCUGAAGUUAUAAGGGGUGAAAAGUAUGAUGGCCGCAAAGCUGAUGUGUGGUCAUGUGGUGUUAUACUUUAUGCACUUCUUGUUGGAGCACUGCCAUUUGAUGACGAUAAUCUGAGGCAACUGUUGGAGAAAGUGAAACGAGGUGUAUUUCACAUUCCACAUUUUGUUCCACCUGACUGCCAGAACUUGCUGAGAGGAAUGAUUGAGGUCAAUCCAGAAAAGCGACUUACACUGGCAGACAUAAACAGACAUCCCUGGGUGACGGCUGGUGGAAAGGGUGAAUUAGAGUUGGAACUCCCAAUGAUGGAAGUUGUCCAGACACACAUUAUACCUUCCAUUGAUGCCAUGGAUCCUGAUGUGCUUCAGGCCAUCUCUAGUCUUGGUUGUUUCAAAGAUCGAGAAAAACUAAUUCAAGAAUUAUUGAGCCCAAACCACAAUACUGAAAAAGUUAUCUACUUUUUACUUCUGGAGAGGAAGCGCCGUCGCCCAGCAUUUGAAGAUGACACAGAAGCAAUUGUGAGAGUGCGCUCAGAAUCAAGUGAUCCUCCCAGGAAAAGAAUAGAUACUUGCAAAGUUAAUGGUACUGCUAAUUACCAGUUUGGGCAGAUAAGUGAAGGUUCACCGCUUACUCCUCGCCGCCAGCAAUUUGGCUCUGGAUCUACCAGGCACCACAGCAGGCGAUCACCAGCAAGUGUUCAUUCAACUGGCAACCACCAGGUGACCUCACCAGUUGCAACACUACAUGCAGGCCUCAAUAAUGUGUCACCUGGCAACCUAUCUCCUGGCCCACAGAGGGCAGCAUCUGCACACCAUCACCAUCAUCACCAUUACCGACCUGUUGGUUUAGCUCCACCAUCACCCCAUCAUCAGAGAGCCAAUAGCAGUGGUGGGACGCCUGAAAUCAAUACAGAUGCUUCAGCUGGUCUGAGCACUGUGAAUGUGGCACCUUGUACCCCACCUGGAUCACCACAUACAAGUACAACAGGCCAUCACUGGAGAUCUAGGCUUACAACAAUAAAAAAUAGUUUUCUUGGGAGUCCUAGGUUCCACCGGCGGAAAUUGCAAACAUCCUCAGAAGAAGUACACCUUACACCUGAGUCUUCACCUGAACUAACAAAGAAGUCAUGGUUUGGCAGCCUUAUGACCACUGAAAAAGAUGAAACCUUCACUAUAUUGGUCAAAGGAAAACCAUUAGCUACAGUCAAAGCUGAUCUCAUUCAUGCCUUCUUAUCAAUAGCAGAACUCAGUCACAGUGUGUCGAGUCCGAUGUCAUUCCGAGUCGAGUACAAGAGGGGUUCUACUGCUCCAGCCAUGUUCCAGAGACAAGUCAGGUUCCAGGUGGAUGUGUCCACCAUAACAAAACAGUCUGGAGACAGCCCCAAGGAGUACCUGUAUGCUAUAACCUUCACUCUCUUGUCAGGUAACAUCAGGAGGUUCAGGAGGGUCUGCGAGCACAUCCAGUCGCAGGUGUGCAGUCGCAGGCCACCCCCUUCCCCACGAGCAGCACGCAAGUUCACCACCGAGCUGAGUGAAAGCUCCAGCUGCGGUUCCGACACGUCUGAGCGACUGUCUCCUUACCCUGGCACAAGGCAGGUGGAAUCUGACAUCGAAAGUGACACCUCAGUGUUUGAUGUCAAAUCUCCAACGCGAGACACAAGCCCAAGUGGAGGAGGCAGCAGUGGAAGUGGAAGGAGACGGAGUUGCACCAGCAGCAAUAACAACAAUAAUGGGGGUGGCAGUGGAGGCGGCUCAGGGGGAGAGAGCAGCAGUGGUGCCACAACAGUCUCCUGUCCCACGUCCACUGAGACAAUGACUCCUACCCUUAAGGCAGUGCGUUCAAGUAGUGAAAGCCCCAGUGGAGUAGUGGACGCACAAGGUUCAGCUACGUGAGGACUGAGCCAAUAAGAGUGUUCAACUCCCUGUUUGAACUGGAGAGCAACAAAGCUUUUUGCAGCAUUUUUGUGGCUUGGUCAUGACUGCUCUAUUCACAAGAUGCUGGUCCUGGGAGUGUGUUUACACUCAACUUUCUCCCUCAGACUUCAAGUGAAAAAAUUGUGAUGAGUAUUAAAAAGUGCAAUAGUGGCACUAGUUAUCAGGAAUGCUUUCAUAAGAGUAAGGCAAAAAAGUCUUUUAUUUUGCAUAUGAUUACUUUCACAUCAUCAGCUGACUGUAUAUAGGAACACUGCUUCAGCAGAGCACAGAACUAAAACGACAGCCUUAGUGAAAAUGUUGCAGCUGACAGCAAGUUUCAGUGGAGAUAGUUGAGAAAACUGUCCGUUACACUGAACUUUUACAGGCUUUACAAAACAAUGGUGUGUAAUAUGUAAAUUGCACCACUGGAUGACAUUCCACAAAUGAAGCACAUUUUAUGAUGCCUCGUCAUAAUUCUAAUUUGUGAAGAGCUUUGAUUUUAAUCUGAUAGAAUAAAUAAGCUUGUUCAGGGAACGUUUA